AUGGACCGGAGCCUUUUCUGUGCGGCCACCAGAGUCACUUUGGGCGACGGCCACAAGACUUCUUUCUGGCACUCAUCCUGGCUGGACGCCAGAACAUCGAAGCUCGUCGCCCCGCUCAUCCACGAGGUGUCCGAAAGGAAAAACCGCACUGUCCACGACGCUUUGGCCAAUAACAGAUGGAUUGCGGAUGUUGCCGUUUCCACUUUCACCGUCAAGCACAUGUCCCUGUUCAUCACCCUUUGGGGCAUGCUGCAGGACAUUGCCCUCCUUCCGAGGACCAUGGACGCGAUCUCCUGGAACCUCACUGCUGACGGUGUCUAUUUCGCGGGGUCGGCCUACAAAGCUCAGUUUUAG